UGCUAUUAGCUGAAAAAGUACAUAACCUAGAAAUGCAGAAUAACAAAGGAAAAAUCCCUAAUACAGAAAUCCACACAAGAGAUAACACCCGUCAAAAGGCGAAAAUACCAACAAUUGAUAUUUCUGCAAGCUCAGAACAGAAACCGUCAACAUCGCGUACCGAAAACAAUGAACGGCUGAACUACUCAGUAGUCACACGAAUGAAGAAAAACAAAGAUGUCAACGGAUUGCAAUCAGAUGUCACCGUUGUCGAGAAUGAAAUUGAAAACAACAAGAAUAAACAAAGGUUAUCAACUACAUCCAAUAUUCCUUCCGAAUCGAAUUCACCCACAAAUGGAAACAAUCAGAUUACAUCAGCGAGAAAUGAGAAUGAUGGGUUUAUCUAUCCACGAAAUAGAAGUAGGAAAUUCAAGAAGAGAUUGGGCCAAGGAGGAUCAUCUCAGGAAAAUGAUAACUUUACAGGAGAGGAGAGAAAAGUAUGGAUAUACAUAAACAGAGUAAAAAAGGAAGCCAAAGAGGAAGAUGUCGUGGCAUAUAUAAAGGCAAAAGCAGGUUUUGAAAGUGAAAACAUAAAUGUAAAGGAAAUCCCAUCAAACUACAACCAACUGAAGAGAUUUUUAGUCAUAGGACCCCUACAUAGAAAGAAAGAACUAUAUGAACCAGAAUUUUGGCCACAAAAUAAACGAAUAUAAAUGGCAAAUCAACAGUAUCUCCUUCAAAUGUGCUAGUAGAAGGAAACAGAAGAACUGAAACGAAUAAGAAAUCCACCAACAGAAAUAACCCUAAUAAAAAGGAUAAAAUUCUCUUUGGUAUUCUACACCAAAAUGUUUGCUCAAUAGGAAAUUCCAGAGAUCACCUAGAGGAAUUAAUGAGGGAAAAUGAAGAGGUUAAAAUACUUUGCAUUUCAGAGCAUUGGAAGACGAAGGAACAACUACAGUGGUAUACAA